UGCCACCCCCUCACAGAAGUACGGCUCGAGGACGAACCGUGGGGAGGUGGUGGUGUCCUUUGGGGGGGUUCAGGGCGUGGACUGGCGUGGGGCUGGGGGGCACGGUGUCAGCGUGCGGCCCCUGACAUCUCCCGAGGAGACCCUCACCCACAGAUACAAGUACAUGUUCCAGAAACAAUUGGAGAUCCGGGAAGUUCUGACCUUCAGGAUAGAGAGCCUGGGGAAGGCACUGAAAGAUCAUUACCAGAUUGAGGAGUUCAGGCCGGUGGCCUUACCUGCUCAGGACACGGUGACGGUGCUGGGGCAGGUGGGCUGUGACAGCAACGGGAAGCUGAACAGCAAGUCCGUGGUGCUCCGGGGAGACCGGGAGCAGGUGCCGGUGGACCUGUCCGAACUGAAGGAAUAUUCUCUCUUCCCGGGACAGGUGGUGGCGCUCGAGGGGAUAAACAGUACGGGGAGGUGUGUGGUGGCCUCCAGCCUGCACCAGGGAGUGCCGCUACCCCCUCACACCCCCAUGAGCCAGUCUGAGCCGGAGCUGGAGACGGAGUCGGCAGCGCCAGACCAGCAGCUGGUGCUCGUGGCUUGCGGUCCCUACACCACCUCAGACAGCAUCACCUACGACCCUAUGAUGGACCUCAUAGACGUCAUCAACAAGUCACAGCCGGACGUGUGUAUAUUGCUGGGACCCUUUGUGGACAGCAAACACGAACAGGUGGAGAACUGCCAGCUGAUCAAAACGUUCGAGGAAGUCUUCAAACACUGCAUGAAGGGGAUCAUUGAUGGGACCAGAGGCUCGGGAGCCCAUCUUAUCUUCGUGCCUUCACUGAGAGAUGUGCAUCACGACUGUGUGUACCCACAGCCUCCGUUUCGCUGCUUCCAGACUGCCCCAGAGGACGAGCAGCGAGUCCAUUUCGUCUCUGACCCCUGCACACUCAACGUCAACGGCGUGGUGUUCGGCCUGACCUCCACCGACGUGCUGUUCCACAUGGGAGCCGAGGAGAUCAGCAGUCCUCCAGGAGGAGUCGACCGGUUUACAAGGAUUCUCAAGCACAUCCUGACCCAGAGGAGUUACUACCCGCUCUAUCCGCCCGCGGAGGAGAUGAACCUGGACUACGAGGCGUUCCAGAUGUUUGCACAGCUGCCGGCGACUCCGGAUGUGCUCCUGGUGCCCUCCGAGUUACGCUACUUCGUUAAGGACGUCCUGGGUUGCGUGUGCGUGAAUCCCGGGCGUUUGACCAAGGGCCAGGUCGGAGGGACGUUUGCCCGUCUGCGGGUUCAGAGGCCGAGGGGCCCGGAUGCCGAGCAAGGGGGCCCCUGCGUCACCGCCAAGUGGUGAAAAUCUGACAGCCUCCCCCCACCACCCCAACCUGUGGGAGGGCGGGGGGUCACGGACACACACAGAGUGUGGCAUAGCUGUGGACAGACCCUUGUAUGUACUGAGUAUGUCUCCCGCCUGCCCCACUUUAAGUCGUGGCCUUGUCUUCCUUAAAGUACCCCCACUCCCCCUCCACACACCCCCUCCACACACACAUACACACACACAUGCAUCCUCUCCACCUCCUCUCCACACGCACACGUGCCUCUUAGCAUCUCUUUGACGCAUGUAUACACACACACGACACACAUACACACAACACACACACGCCACACACACACCCUGCUCCGGUUUCCCUCGUAUAAAAACUUAUUUUUAUAGACCGCUCCCGUCUCGGAGAAUAAAAUAUUUUGUUGGCGCUUU